AUGGCCGUCACAGUCGCCAACCCGCCGCUCCCGGCGCCCGCGACGACGACGACGGCCCUGGCCUCCGGACCUCACGUCCACGCCCACGCCCACGCCCAGUCCGACCCCCGCGACGCCGCCGCCGGGGGCCCCGCGUCCCUGCCGCCGACGCGCAAGUUUGAGCCCAGCAACUUCAGGCUCAUCCGGACACUCGGCACAGGAACCUUUGCCCGCGUAUACGCCCUCAAGAUCCUGCACAAGGCCGACGUCGUCAAGCUCAAGCAGGUCGACCACGUCCGCCACGAGCGCGCCGUCCUCGCCGACGUCGCCGGCCACCCCUUCAUCACGCACCUGCUCGCCUCCUUCUCCGACCGCGACUCGCUCUACAUGCUGCUCGACUACGUCCCCGGCGGCGAGCUCUUCAGCUACCUGCGCAAGCUGCGCCGCUUCGACGAGCACGUCGCCCGCUUCUACGCCGCCGAGAUUGUCCUGGUCCUCGAGUACCUCCACGAGCACCAGGACGGCGUUGCCUAUCGCGACCUCAAGCCCGAGAACCUCCUCCUCGACAAGGAUGGCCACAUCAAGCUCGUCGACUUUGGCUUCGCAAAGAGGCUCGGCAAGCGCGACAACCACCCCGUCGAGACGUAUACCCUCUGCGGCACCCCAGAGUAUCUCGCCCCCGAGGUCAUCCACAACAAGGGCCACACCACGGCCGUCGACUGGUGGGCCCUCGGCAUCCUCGUCUACGAGUUUCUCACGGGCUACCCGCCCUUUUGGCACCAGAACCCCAUUGAGAUCUACCGGCAAAUCGUCGAGAAACCCGUCACCUUCCCCAACGACCCCCCCAUAUCCGACGACGCAAAGAGCCUCGUCCGCUCCCUCUGCACCGCCGACCGCUCCCGCCGCCUCGGCAACAUCAGCGGCGGCGCCGCCCGCGUAAAGGCCCACCCCUUCUUCCGCCACGUCGACUGGGACGACCUCGUCCGCCGCCGCCGCCCCGGCCCCAUCGUGCCCCCCGUCCGCUACCCCGGCGACGCCCAGUGCUUCGACACGUAUCCCGAGGACGAGGGCGGCCGCAGCGACUACACGCCCGCCAUGGCCCAGCAGUACGAUGACUGCUUUCGAGACUUUUGA